GUCGAAACGAAACGGCGGGCGGAUCUGACAAGCAAGUUUUUUCUCUACUCUAUCAUACUUUGCCUAAGGAUUGGUUUUUGCAUAUUUAUGGAUGAAUUUCACCGGAUAUGCGUUUUCACAUAGGCAAAUAGUGACUGGAGCGAGUUGAUCAUCCAGGCAUUACUUUGAACAAUUUUUCUUGACCGCGCACGUAAAACUUGCUUCUUAUACUUACGUUCCAAAGGAGACAAAAUUGCUGGAAUAGUUCAUCACGUAUUAAAUUCCUCAGCAAAACUGACGGCGGCAUGGGAAACGAACUGCUCACUCAAGCAAACUAUAUAUAUACAUCCUGCAAUAAAUUUCAAUGGGGGAGUACGGACAGUGACUAAAAUUCAGCACUACCUAAUCCAAAUCCAUUCGCCUAUUCUACAUACUAAAGUUCUUAUUUCUGAAAUACUUUAUACCUACUAUUUCAAUAAAAGUCUUUGCUUUCCAAACCUCCCAUCACUUUUUGGAUAAUGGCUAACUUUUCGAGAGUAGCCGAGAUUUUCGAGCAAGCAUCAGUGGCGUUCGGUCGAUUGGCCCAACUUACUUUAGAUCUUAAGCAGUUCCAAGCGCAACAAAAUGAUGGGGAUUCCAAGACCUGCGGGAAAUGGUCACAAAAGGAAGUUGAAGAUCUUAAAGCUGCUAUUGGACGUUUUGGAUCUGAUCUGUCAAAGGUAGCUGAAGCUAUCGAAACAAAAACCAUUAACCAGAUAAAACAAAAGCUAAAAACUCGGGCUUUUCAGGAUGCUGGUCUUGGAGAUAUUUCCUUUGAAAAUGAGGCUGCGGAUACAGAAACCAAACCAAAAGUCACGACUCCAAAUGCUACUCCAGUAGAACGUGGAAGACGUAAGCAAGCUUUAAAUCAAAUGCCUGAACCAGUAGACUUGCAUCCUCCUAAAAGAUCCAGAUCUGAUGUCGACGAUUUGAAUGAAUAUAGCAAUUAUGCACCUGAAGUAGAAGCUCCAGAUAAAAAACCCAACCAACCGGCUAGUAACAACAAAUCAUAUAGUAAUGAAAAUGUUACACCGCAAAAGAACGAUGACGGUCAUAAUAUUUUAAAACAUAAGCCAGUUGGCAGUACACUAUCUAGUGUUUUAUCCAAACCGAUAACACUUGCUAGACCAGAUGUAAGUAAUUUUGAUGAUCGUCAUCGCAAAACAACGACGUCAGUAAAUGUCCUUAGUUCUGGAUAUAAUGCAAAUGAAUCAAAGUAUGAAGAUUAUGACAGCGAUGAUAGUGAUUAUGAUGGUGCUGAUGGUCGUACACCCGGAGAAGAUUAUGAAUCAGACGAAGAACAAGAGGAGGAAGAAGCCGACGACAACGAGGAUUACGAUGAAUAACCAGCAAUAAAUUGAUUUGUUAAAUAUUUGUGUAUAUGUCUUCAUGAUUACUAUUAUUAUUCAUUAUCAUGUAAAUUAGUGUUUAUACUGAUAAAAUAAGUUAACAGACUG